UCCCACCACAGCUGGCCGUGAGUCAGGAUUGGGGUGGCUGCCUCUGGACACCACUUUCCCCAGGUACUGGAGGAGUAGAAGUACAGGUCCGGAAAUGUCCUUGGUGUGUUUGACAGACUUUGAGGCCCAUGCACGGAAGCAGCUGUCUAAGCCCACUUGGGAUUUUAUUGAAGGAGGAGCUGAUGACUGCCUCACGAGGGAUGACAACGUUGCAGCGUUUAAAAAGAUCCGCCUCCGUCCACGUUACCUGAAAGAUGUGUCAAAGGUGGACAUGCGGACCACAAUCCAAGGGGAUGAGAUCAGCGCCCCCAUCUGCAUUGCACCCACAGGUUUCCACUGCCUCGUCUGGCCUGAUGGAGAAAUGAGCACAGCCAGAGCUGCACAAGCAGCCGGUGUCUGCUACAUCACCAGCACAUAUGCCAGCUGUAGCCUUAAAGACAUUGUUACUACUGCCCCUGGAGGCCUGCGAUGGUUCCAACUGUAUGCGCACGUGGACCGGCAGCUAGAUAAGCAGCUGAUCCAAAAGGUAGAAUCCCUGGGUUUCAAAGCUCUGGUAAUCACUGUGGAUGUACCCAAAGUUGGCAACAGACGACACAACAUUACAAACCAAGUGGACUUGAGGAAGAAUUUACUGCUAAAAGAUCUCAGAUCACCUGAGAUGGAAAAUACAGUGCCUUAUUUCCAGAUGUCCCCCAUUGACCCAUCCAUCUGCUGGGAUGAUCUCUCCUGGUUUCAGAGCAUGACUCGAUUGCCCAUCAUCCUUAAGGGGAUCUUGACAAAAGAGGACGCAGAGUUAGCUGUGAAGCACAAUGUUCAUGGCAUCAUUGUUUCCAAUCAUGGCGGGAGGCAGCUUGAUGAGGUCCCUGCUGCUAUCGAUGCUUUGGCAGAAGUGGUGGCUGCCGUGAAAGGGAAAAUGGAAGUGUACAUGGAUGGUGGGGUCCGAACUGGCAAUGAUGUUCUGAAGGCUCUGGCCCUUGGGGCUAAGUGCGUUUUUCUGGGGAGACCCGUCCUGUGGGGUCUCGCCUACAAGGGUGAACAUGGUGUUGAGGCAGUUUUGAACAUUUUAAAAAAUGAAUUCCACACUUGCAUGACCCUGACAGGCUGCCGGUCGGUUGCUGAGAUCAGUCGGGACUUGAUCCAGUUCUCCAGGUUGUAAAGAAAGAGAGCGAAUGGCUUGACUGCUGAGUUUGCCCACAGGAAGAAGACAAAAUCAUAGUAGGGUAUGAGAUGCCAUCCUGCCUCAGUCCCAUCCUGUCCAGCGGCUCAUCCAAUCCAUCCCAAAUCCCUUAGCUUCCUCAAAUGUGCCCGUGCUCUUCUUUGUCUCACUGCCUUGUCUAUGCUGUUCUCUUGCCUAAAAUCCUCCUCUGAAAGAUCUUAAAAGCACAGAUCAAUAAUAACUGAAGCAGCUAGUGGAUUAACAUUUUUUAAUAUACUAUGUUUCUAUGAAACAACUAUGGAACUCUGCACUCUAGACAGAAGAGCUACACAUAUAAAAUAUUAUCCAACAAAAAUCAUACUCCUAUGUGUAGAUAACAGGGAAAUAAUUUAGUUAAAAACAUAGGCUUUGGAGUCAUACAGACAUAGGAUUGACAGUCAGGACUAUUACUGACAAGCUGUGUGGCUUGAGAGAGUUUUUAGAUUUCUCUGUACUUCCAUGUGCGUGUCUAUAAAAUGGGGUUUAUACUACCUAGCCUGCUAGGUUGGGAGAAAGAUUAGGAGAGAUAAUGUGUGUAAAGUUCAGAGUACAAUGUUUAGCACCUAUAUAAGUUUAAGAAAUAGUAGCUUUUGAGAUGAAGCGAGAGAGUAGCACAGACAUAUAUAUACUACCAACUGUAAAAUAGAUAGUCAGUGGGAAGUUGUUGUAUAACAAAGGGAGUCCAACUCGAGGAUGGAAGAUGCCUUAGAGGA